AUAAUUUAUUAUAGUUAAGAAAUAUGUGAAUUAUUAGAAUUAAUGUCAUGUGUGACUGUGUCGUUUCCAGUUUUACACACAUGAAAUGGGUAGCUCUUGGUGGCAGUGCGCCGCGUGUCUGAGAGCUCAGGAAGAAGACGUCUGCGAGCUACAGCUGAAUCAUUGUAAUCUCUAUGAUGUACCACCCGAUGUGUUCAUUUACGAAAGAACGUUGGAAAAGUUGUAUCUCGACGCCAAUAGAAUAAGAGAUCUUCCCAGACCGCUAUUUCAGUGCCACGAAUUGAGAGUAUUGUCGCUUAGCGAUAAUGAAAUCGCUACGUUGCCACCUGCCAUAGCAUCGUUGAUCAACCUGGAAUACUUAGACCUCAGCAAGAACAGUAUAAAGGAGUUACCAGACAGCAUAAAGGAGUGCAAAAGUCUCCGCUCGAUAGAUAUCAGUGUCAAUCCUUUUGAACGUUUCCCGGACGCUAUAACACAUAUCGUCGGCUUGCGCGAGCUCUACAUAAAUGACGCAUACAUAGAAUAUUUGCCGGCUAACUUUGGACGACUAUCAGCCUUGAGGACACUCGAGCUGCGGGAGAACAACAUGAUGACGUUGCCUAAGAGUAUGAGCCGUCUGGUAAAUUUGCAGAGGCUCGAUAUUGGCAACAAUGACUUCACGGAACUACCUGAAGUUGUUGGAGAUCUCAUCAAUCUCACGGAACUAUGGAUCGAUGGUAACGACAUCAGGCGUGUUCCGGCAAAUGUCGAGCAGCUCUACCGCUUGAACCACUUCGACUGCACGAUGAACGCUAUACACGCACUCCCUAUGGAGAUACGCGGCUGGCGUGACAUCGGGAUCAUGAAUCUGUCCUCGAACGAGAUGUACGAACUGCCUGACACGUUAUGCUAUCUGCGCACGAUCGUCACUCUCAAGAUCGAUGACAAUCAAUUGAACGCACUGCCGAACGACAUCGGCCAGAUGUCGAGCUUAGAGGAGCUUAUAAUCACUAAGAACUUUCUCGAGUACUUGCCGUCUUCGAUCGGCUUGCUACGCAAGCUGCACUGUCUCAACGCAGACAAUAAUUAUCUGCGCGCGUUGCCCGCAGAGAUUGGCAGCUGCACGUCGUUAUCUCUGCUCUCUUUGCGAUCGAACAAUCUGACGCGGGUGCCGCCCGAAUUGGGUCAUUUGUCCUCGCUGCGAGUGCUUAAUCUCGUCAACAACUGCAUCAAGUUUCUUCCAGUCUCCAUGCUGAAUCUCAGUAACCUGAAAGCAUUGUGGCUGAGCGACAAUCAAAGCCAACCAUUAGUGCCGUUGCAGCAGGAGUUCAAUUGCGAGGAGGACAUGAUGGUAUUGAGCUGCUUUAUGCUGCCACAGAAACCGCGGCAAGACUUAGAGCAAAUAGCACAAACCGCAGGACCGAUUUCGAGUUCGAUCAUCGGAAACGGCAAAAGAAUAUGUUUCGCUGCUGAGGUAGAUUCCGAAGUCCCCAGGCAACUUCAUCGAGCACCGACCCCUUACCCCAAGGAGCUACGCAAUCUCGCUAGGCAUGCUCGUAAUCUGCAUCAUCAGUCCAUUCAUGAUCAAAGAAACGUACCUUUGUCUACAACCUCUGUCGAUCGUCACACAGCGAAGAAUUAUAGCAAGAACAACAGACCGGUCGAUCCCGGAGCGGCAGAGCACUCGGUAUCCGAGGAAUCGUCCGACGAGGCAAACAAGACCGUACUAGCGAAGGAAAAAAGCCCGGACAUCCGGGAGGCCAAGUACAUCCGCAAUCCCACGUCCGAUUACGUCACGAAAGCGCCUACGGUGGCCGAUUACGUCAACUCCACGUGGAAACCGGACGAGUACUCCAAGGCGAACACGGCAAAGAUAGUAGAAUCCGAGAAGUUCAUUGAGCCCUAUAGAACGACGAUGUCUGUCGACGCUACGGACGGUAAAUACGGCGAGCAGACGCGGGUAGCUGUUGCGCCGAAAUGCGACGUACCACCAGCUCCGCCACCAUAUCACAUCGCGGCAGCGUUCUCCAAGAAGGCUGCUCUUUUCCAACAGUUUAAUAAUCCGAUCGAAACGGAUACGCAUUUGGCUCCACCUUCGUUACCUUUCAACUCGCUCUUAAAUUCGGUCGGACCAUUACCGGAUGUAACGAAACAGAAAAACUUGGAUACGAACGCGGAAUCGGCGAAAGUUGAAGAAUGCGCGUCCGUGUCAUCGAGUGACCGGACAAAUCUCGUUAAUUCGAACGACAAGCCAAUGGAUAACGAGCGGAUAAGUUCUCUUGAUCAGAUCAGUGUGGACCAGAAUUGUACAUCGAUCUCUGAUCCUGACGCCGAUUCCGAACUGAGCGAUCGUGUCCUCAGGCCGAGUAAAAUUCCUGUUCUGAAGACGAAACACACGGAGAACUCAGGUAACGAUGCAAGCUCGAGUAGGAGUGUCUCCAGAGAGGAUUAUGACGCGAGUAGAAUGUUGAACAUGUAUUCUGGAAUACCCACAUCGCCGGUAACGGGGAAGAAGUACCGCAGUCCGUUAUCGGCAGUGGUGAAGCCACUCGAUCGAUCGAAGAAGCUGACGAACGGGAACGCCUCAAGCAACAGUCCAUGCGAUAAUGCCAAUGUCCCCACUGACGCGUCGACGAACAUUGAUCGGAUGAACGCUCCCGUUCAAACAAACCAGAACGUUGUCGAUGCAUUCAGCGUCUCUUCUCCCGCUACCAUUGUCGCUAAGAGCGAAAACAACUCUAGCCGAGACAUAUCGAAUCAUAGUACGAAUGGCAAGUCUCAAGGCGACACAAACUUCAACACCGAGAACUUCAAGGAGCAUACGAGUCCUGCGUCGAACGAGACGCCGAGCUCGGAGAGGAAGCCGAAAUUCAAGUGGAUGUUUGGCCCUCACAAAAACGCGAAUGUGCUGCCUGUUCAAGUGAAGAAGAAUCCAGGUCUCGGUUUCAGUAUAGCUGGCGGGGUAGCGGGUGCAGAGACUGGAAUAAUUGUGACGAAGGUGAAUCCCGACGGACCAGCUCAGGGGACUCUUCGACCGGGAGACAAGAUCCUAGAGGUAGACGGCAUCGACUUCACCAAGUCAGAUCACAAUAACGCUGUCGCCGUUCUACGUGCCACCGGUGCUGUUGUAUCUAUGAUGAUAAGUCGUCACCAAUGAUUGUAAGUUAUUUCGGAGAAACAAAAAAAGGGGAAGAAAACUUUUUCUAAUUCUUUUAGAUCGCGUACGAUCGCUUUACACACUUCAGACUGAAUACAUUUUAUAUAUAUAGCUCUAUGAUACACGUAUACAUAUAUAUAUUUAAAUAUAUUCUUUAAUCAAAUCUGUAAAUCGAUAAGUAAACGCGUCACUUUCGCGAAAAAACGAGAGAGACAGAUAGAGCGGUCUGUGUGAAUAUCGCCGAGAUUACUCGCGCUGUUGUGAAUCCGCGACGAUAUUCGCGCGGAUAGACACGGGAUACCCCAUACACACGUGCAUCUAUAUAUUUGUGUUGAGUAAGAUUGUGUGUAAAACAAACUAGGACAUAAUUCGUUGCGAUUAACACGGCGCGAUAAAGUGAUCGAUCCUCCCCCGUGAGAAUAAUAAUGAAGUAUGUUAUUUUUCAAACAAUCUUAUCUACGAGCGGAUCCAUCCCGCUUUCUUAUGUAGCUCCUCCACGAGUAACUACGACUAGAACAAUAAUGUCUUUCCUGAAAGCUCUCUAAUUCCGAGACACGCACAUCUGCGCGCGCGUGUAGACGAUGAUGUUGUUAGACUAGUUGAUUUACAUAUAUCUAUAUCUAUAUGCGUUCUCCUCCGAUGGGAGUGCCGACAAUGUGCCAGAAAACAAAGUACUAUUUAUUAUCCAUAUACAUAACAUAUUGAGAAAAAAAGAUAUAUAUACUAUACAUAUAUAAAUAUAUACAUAUAUUAUAUAUAAACAAAUUUAUCUGUAGACGAGCCAGACAAAGCUCCCAUGGAUUCCAGGGUGGUGUAAAUAAAUCUCUCGAUUGUUCCCGCGUGUUGAGAUAUUUGUUAGACAUUUUUCCAUGGAAUGUUUCGACGACAAGAACUUCGCCUUCGAACUCGUAACAUAGAUUUUUUUCUUAACGCGGAACGCUGAAAUAUAAACACGAUUUUUUUAAUUAUGAAA